UUUGGAGAAACCCUUCAAUCACUCCUCUUUACCUCACUCCUUGCGUCACGUGGUGCGCCUCUGACUGGGUGGUGGGCGUGUCCUAACCAGUGGGGUUUCAUUCAUAAAUACUUUUAGCUUUAAAAAAUCCACAUUAAAGUGGUUCACAGAAGAAGAGUUUCAUGUUAUUGGCUUCAGCCCCUCCACCUCCUGCAUGGACCCGGACAGCUGAGUAAGCCAUGCAGCACCGCCGUCCUGUUGCUCCGAGGCCAGUGGGCCGGCCCUGAGGGGGAACGCUGCUGCUGCCGCUGCCGUCCGGGCUCAGUCAGCUGCUUGGUUGCUACUGAGGUGGCUGAGCAUGCAGCGAGGGAGCUGAGGAGGAGACUCACACACACACACACACAUCCAGAGCUGCUGCUGCGCACUGCCCUCCAUCAGGAAGCAGGGAGUUAGACAGGCUGGCAGCUUGGCGAUAGCUUACAGGUUGUGGUGCUGAAGUUGAGUGCUGCAGUGACUGGCAAGCGAGCAAGGAGCGCUGAGUGCUGCUGGCAUGUUGCUCCUACCCUGCUGGGGGGACUCUCUAGUUGGCCUGGACCAUGAGCAAUGAGUCUACCGUCUGGAACAUCCUACCAGAAAACUCCACAGAGAUCCCACUCGAGGCCGAGGAGCAGCGAGAUGGCUACGUGCUCGUCCUGGUGAUCCUCUUCAUCUUCCUGGUAGGAACGGUGAUCUUCAUCUCUCUCUUCCUCAUCGCCUGCCGUCGCUGCUGUCGAGGAGGGCAAUGCUGUGCCAGGGCCAGCGAUGACCCUGAGAAAACCAACACCACCUACGUGGAGGAGUCUCAGCCCACCCAUGAAAUCACCAUCAUGGUGGAUGAGUCAGAGUGCCUGUCAAUGGCCAGCUCUCACGACCAGGAGACUGAGCGCUUCCUCUCCACGGGCACCCAGGGCCGCCGCGUCUCCUUCAAUGAGGCUGCGCUCUUCGAUCACGGCAAGAAGGCCCAGGAGAAGGGCCGCAGGUACACUCUGACCGAGGGCGACUUCCACCACCUGAAGAAUGCCCGGCUCACACACCUGCACAUCCCUCCCCCGGCCCUCAAGAUAGUCACCAUCCACGAGUGUGACUCGGCCGAGAACAGCAUCACCAUGACGACGCGCCCAGUCGCUAAGUCGGCACUUUCCAUCUUCCAGCCGAUGCUGUGCCCCCUCCCACAAACACGGCUGACCAGCCUGGGUGUCAAUCCCAGCUGUGCCCUCCCUGGAGACGCUCUGAACUCUGUGGUGGACACCAGCUUCAGUGGGAAAGCUAUCGCUCUCAGCAUUAAAGAGCCGAGCUCCAGCUCUAUCGAGAUGCUGGGAGCGGGGCCUCGGGGCAGAGGCAGCAGUGUCAGCGUCGGAGAAGGGGCCGCUGCGAGGAGCGGCGUUGUCCCUCAUGCUGGCGGCGGCGCAGGAAGCCAGGGGCCCGUGCUGCAGUUCUUCACUAAACUGCGGCGCCACGCUAGUCUGGAGGGGGCCAGUCCAUACUUCAAGAUCAAGAAGUGGAAGCUGGACAGCAGCCAGAGAGCCUCGAGCCUGGACACCAGAGGCUCGCCAAAGAGGAGACAGUUCCAGCGGCAGCGAGCCGCCAGUGAGAGCAUGGACCAGGAUGACAACGACGCUCACCACAUAGACCUCAUCCAGUACAUCGCCCGCACCCAGGACAUCCCCUACUGUUCCAGCCGCCCCUCGACACGCCUCCUCUCACCUCCUUCCACACCACCCCCCUCCCUCGGCAGGGUAGAGGUAGAGGUGAUGGUGGAGCCCAGCUGCAGCCACGGAGGACCAGGGGUGAUUGGCCUUUCCCCUGAUCCCCAAGACGAAGCACUGUCCCUGGCAAGAAGGGAAGGUGCAGACCCUUUGGACCCCCUAGAUCCCCAGGACCCCCAAACCCUUUACAAAGACAUCUGGACCCUACGUGCGUCACUGGAACACUACGCCGCCUCCGACCAGAGCAGCAACAACGACAGGAACUCCGUCUGCAGUGAUGCUGAAAGCGUGUGUUCGCUGGGCGGGCGCACGGAGACAGAAAGAGGAGGGCUUCCCAGCUACCCGUCCCAGGAUUUAGGAGAUGAGGCGGAGGGUGGAGAGGACGACAAGGACAUUUUGAUGUAUGUGGAUGAGAGGUUGGGGGUGAAGGAGAGGAGAAAGAGGAAACAAGAUAGCACAGAUUCAGAGCGAGGGGGCAGCGAUGGAGAAACAGGGACUCGUAAAUUGCUGCAGAUGGACAGCGGCUACGCGUCGAUAGAGGCGCCGUGUCGCGGUCCAGAAGAGCUGCGAUUGUUUGGGGGCAUGAGCGGCAGCCCAAAGGACAGAACAGCCCACGAAAAGAGGCACCACUUUACCGAAGCAGGGCGAAGCGGCACUAUCGGGGAGAGCUUCGAGUCUCAUCUCUUUGAGGAGGAGCCGGAGGAGGAGUUGUUGUUGGGUGCCAGUGGAGGAGUUUCCAUAGAAACAGGUGCUGGUUCACUGAGCUGGUUACCAUAUGGUCAGAUGCUCACACCUCGAGAGGCUGCUCAGCCUUCACCUCAACCGCCAACGCUGCACCGGCGAGACUACAGCAUAGAUGAGAAGACGGACGCCCUCUUCCAUGAGUUCCUCCGCCACGACCCUCAGUUUGACCAGCAGGAGUCGCCGCUAAGGAAGCACCGGUCCCGAAUCCACCUCCGCAAGCAGUGGCAGCGCCACAAGCAGUGGAGCGACCCUGGCGUCAGACACUUCCAGACCUCUUUUGACAGACACCGGGCCCCGCUACGGAGGGGUGAAAGUGUGAACUACCCACUGGACACAAGCUACCACAGCACACUCCCCCGCAUCGUCAGCGCUCCCGACGAGGAGACCAGCGACGGGACCGGCAGCGCUCCUGACACCCCAAAGGUCAAGCCUACGACUACUGAGAGUGUGUGCAAGGAGCAGGGUGACACUGAGGACCACACCUCCUCUUCUCCACCACCUCAUCAUCCCUCCGUCUCAGAGAAAGAUGGCGGUCUGGGUGAGCACCACGACCCUCAGGAGGACAGCAAACAAUCCGGACUUCCUCCCGAACCCCCGGACGAGCGCUCGCCCCCUCAGCUGCCCGACUCCUCAGGCUACGGCCCGCAGACCAUCACAGCGGAGCUCACAGACAAACUGACUGCUAACCUGGACGAGAGGCUGUACACGGGCCUUCGCAUGACCAAGGACACGGCCACUGAGUGUGUGACGGUGACGGCCACGCACGCUUCUCCGGACCACAGCCCAGUGUAGCAGGGCUCCAGUCGUCCUCCUCGUCAUCCUCACUCCUGCUGAUACACACUUUUCUUUCUGUUUGAUUUGCCUCGCCUCAGUUUAAACGUCUCUCUGUGCUUGAAUGGUGUCAUCCAGACCAUAAACACACAAUGGAAAGUGUGUUUUAAAUCAUCUUACAUACAGCUAAUCCUCGAGAAAUUCAGCCAGUCUCUCUUCAUGCCUGUUCACAUUACAAAGCUAUUCAGUGUUGCCGUUUUACAUUUUUCAUUGAUGAAAGAUACAACUCAAAAUAAUAGACAAACAGAGCUAACAUAUCCAAAAUGAUAUGGUCUUAGUAAUAAUUAUUUUCUGUGUCUGUAGUCUUUGUUCCAUCUCUACGGCUACCUUCCUGUCUCUGCUCUCUAGUAUGAAUUACUGAAGCGGUACUUGUAGAUCCACUGUGAAACCAGGUGCUAUUAGAUGAGAAGAAAGCUACAGAUCUGGAUGCAACAGCUUGUCCCGUGAUCGUGCAUUAGUGGAAAAUAAGUAGUUUUAUUGCUAUUUAUGAGCUACAGUAUUAGUUAAAAUACCAUAAUUGAUCAGUCUAAGCCAGGGGUUCUCAAACCUUUUGGGGCCAAGGACCCCUUAAAGGGGAGAACAUUUUCCAAGGACCCCCUCUUAAUCGUAACACCGAUCAAGCAUAAUGCUUGAUACCGUUUUUACUCUUAAAUACCAUUAGAACUAUUUGUAUUCUAAAACAUUUCAACAUAAAUACUUCAGACCUGUUUCAUAGUGAUAAAAGUAAUAAAAAAAACCAUCUUGUUUACACAGUCCACAAAGUCCAAGUUUUAAAUUUGAGGAACAUAUAAAAUGAAUAUUAUUUAAUCAAAUUUAGAUCAUUAUAUGUUUUAGAGUAAUUAUAAUGAUUGAAUUAUCGGAUUUUGUGGCCGAAAUAAAUACGAAUAGUCCACUGAUCCCAAUUAAGAAUAUAAAAACCCUUGGCGUGUGUUCAGCUUCUGAAUGGCUUACAUGCUGCUCUUUGAUGCUUUUUGAUUUUCCUGGAACGCCACUACUGACGCUCUGGAAAAUCACAUUUACUUUAUUUAAGUUUAUUUAACAGUAACGCAAUUUCACUACUGCUGAAGUUCUUGGGCAAGUUCUUGUGUAUUUGUACAUGGUACAACACCUGCCCUUAUGUAGUGUUUAGGGGGGUAUUAGCUAUAAAUAUCUGGAGUUGACAUCUCUUUCCAUAAUGUCAAGAGAAAGAGAAAUUUAAGAGACUAUUGCUGCAUGAGGCCCAUUGCUCGAUUUUAAAGGGCCACAAGCCAAAAAGGUUGGAACCACUGGUUUAGAUAGAUGGGACAUGAAUAACACAGUUAGCAAGUGCCAGACAAGUUAUCAUAAAGUGUUCUUUUGAAAAGGAAGAUAUCCUUUUAUGUCCUCAUUGAGGGUCCGACUGGUCGUGGUGUUUGUUGUUUUUGACUGAAAGUGCUUCUCAACCGUGUUUAUUUUGUAUUUGUUUGUUUAAUGAGGUCUAAUAUAUUUUUGUACGUCUGCAUUGCUUAUAGUGAAAACUGAGAGUGUGGCAGGUUUGAAGAGGACAGGCUCAGAUUUAACAGACCAGACGGCCUCUAGCACUCUGCUGUGAUGACUCUUCAUCAGUCACAGAUAUAUGACGGUUAUCUCCGUAUAAAUAUGACUCUUAGUUCUCUGGGCAUCGCUGACGUGACCUCUGUCCUAACAGGCAGAACAAACUCAGUCUUGUGCACAAGUUUACAGCCAUGAGGUGGGCAGUUACAUUAAAGCUAUUAGGCAAGAUGGCUGCCCGUCACAGACGUGUGGUGUUUAUUGAAUUUAUAAGAAAGGCAUGCUUUCUUGUGCAUGGGGCUCACAGAACAGGCUUUAUUUGUCCGCAUCUGACAUUCUUGUUUUGCUCUUCUUCUCCUGAGAAAGUUGACAGCGCAGUAGAUGCCUCCCUCGGGGGGCCGAGGACUUCACUUCCUGCCGGCUUAUAAAACCAGACCGAACAAAGACGUUGUUUGUUUUUAAGUCCACUUUAUUUUUUUUCCUCCGUGCGAUUAAAACAAACCGCUACUGCCAUUCAAAUGACAGCAGAUUAUGUCCUGUGGGCAAAGAAUGCAAGAAUUACAAUUUUUUUUGGCUCACAGAUCUGUGCUUUUACAUCCUCAGCAGCAGCAGCAGGUUGAUUGUGACCCAGUUACGCUCGUGAAAUCUCAUUCUCAGAGGGGCUGUUGGGCUUUCCGUCUCUCUCCCACGUGCAGCGAGGGGAGCCGCCGCAGAAGAUGGUGUUGAAUAUUAAUCAUAACAAGAAGGGUUUCCACCUUUUCAUCCCCCCCGUCUCCCGUCUCCCCUUUCCUCGCUCUUUGAGGCUAUUACCAUGGAGUAAAUUGGAAUCACUGAAUAGAAAAUCAGGGGGAAAAAAACAUUAUCCUCCUCUCUUUGUUUGGGUGAGAUGAUGCUGCUCCUUUUCCAGCCGGCCCAGAUUAGAUCUCUCUCGGCUGCGUGACAGGAGUCUCCUCUUGUGGUUAAGUGCAGAAGCGGCGUUCCUCAUUAGGAGAGCAAUGACUGAGAUGAAAGGAGGCGAAUCAAAUAAGGAGUAUGGAGGGUAGUGAUGUUUUUUUGCUCCCCUUUCUUCCACCUGGGCCCCCUCGCACUCACAUUAUGUCACCAUGAAGAAACACAAUUUUGUGCAAUCAAACAACGUUCUUUUUAUGACGGAAAGGAAAUAGAGACGCAAUGUCCCUUAUUUCGGAAAAAAAUAUGUACGGUAGUCAGCGGCGAGAGACAAAUAUUUUUUUGAUCCUGUUUGAAUUGCGCCAUGAAUCACACAAAUUAUGGUUGUCAAUUUAAAGGUAUCAUAUGCAAGAAUUAAUGAAAAUAUAUAGACUGAUACAAAAAUAAUCCCUCUAAAUCUUCACUUAUGCCCCACUAGAAAUGUGUGGCGGUGUCUGUUUCUGCAGAGACCGCGCAGCCCUCUGCCUAUAUUUUCUCUUUUCUUCUUAUUUUUCUUUACUCUGGACGCGUCAGCAAACAGCCUUUAGGCCCCACGUGGGGUUGUAAUCCCCAUCCGACCAUUCAUUAAAAAUCUGGCAACUCUGCAUCUUCCUGCAGGGUUAUGCAGAGUUAGUUGUGUGUUUAUCUUUGUUUUAGAACAUAACCGCCACGAAACAAUCAGAAAAUAACGUUUUGUUUCUUCGAUUCGCUGCUUUGUUCUCACUAACGCCGCUC